CAGCAGCGCCGCGGUGCAUUGUGGGAGCCAGAGUCACUGCAGCGGUCACAGCGUGCCGGAGCGUCACGGACACGUUUCAUGUUUGAUGUGUUCAGCUGAUGCUUCUGUCCAGAAUCAACAGAACCAACAGAAUUAAAGCAAGAACCAGCAGCUGCUGGACGGUUCAGGAGGAAACAGGAACAUGUCGGUUCUGGCGGUUCUGCUCAGAGCUGGAUCCACCUUCUGUCGGUCUGCUGGGAACCUGCUGCUCCCAGUCAGAGGCGUCUCCACCAGUACCUGCUGCAGGAUCCGGAUGCACGCCAUCCCUCAGCUGAAGACUGUGGACCGGUGGACGGAGAAGAGGAGCAUGUUUGGCGUUUAUGACAACGUCGGCAUCCUGGGAGACUUUAAAGCUCAUCCCAAAGACCUGAUCAUCGGUCCGUGCUGGCUGAGGGCCUUCAAAGGCAACGAGCUGCAGCGUCUGAUCAGGAAGAAGAAGAUGGUCGGAGACAGAAUGAUGACCGCGGACAGACACAACCUGGAGAAGGGAAUCAAGUUCCUGUACAAACGCUUCAACCGGACCGGAAAACACCGCUAACAGAUGAAACCGGGCAGCUGGUCUGGACUCAUGGAGGCUGCUGGUGUCUCUGAGAGACUGUUGACCACAGAAGGAGAACAUUUAUGUGCUUCAGCUGCUUUUGGACACAAAAUACACGAUAUAAAAUCCUGAAAGGAGCCUUUUUAUUGUGUCUUCUCUCCAACAUAAGCUCCUUUAGCUUAAAGCUUCAGACUGUUUCUGUCAUCAGUGUGACAGCUGCAGCUCUAACAGGUCGGUUAUCACCUUCAUCACCUGUAGUUGUUUUUAAUAAAAACAGUCCAAACUCUGA